AUGGAAACAAAACUGUUGUCGGAUAAUAUUAAUUGUGAGUCUGAUCCUCAAUGGGGGGGAGGUAAUGGACAAACCCUCGCCCUAUGUGUUACCGUACAAAUACAUCCAAAAUACUUUUGCAAGGGCACCUCGAAACAGAGUUUGCUGCACUGCACUUCGCAGCAGGGAAUAGAGCAACGACUUCAACAAAAUAAUGUUCGUAAAAAUAAAAUCGGGCAAUGA